CUACCUCUACUUUGACUUCUCAUUACGUAACCGGCAUGUUUAUUGUGAUUUUGUAACUGAAAAGAAUCUGAGAAAAUUGGUUAGAAUUAAAAUAAUUUGAUAUGUCUCUCUUACGUUCGGUUUCCAGAAGCUUAAGUCCAAUUACGAGAAAUCAUUCUCCCGCUUUAUAUUCUGCAUCUAAAGCAGCAUACCAUCACAAGGUUGUUGAUCAUUAUGAAAAUCCCAGAAAUGUUGGAUCCUUGGACAAAGACGAUAAACAAGUUGGGACAGGUUUAGUUGGUGCUCCUGCCUGUGGUGAUGUUAUGAAGUUGCAGAUAAAAGUUGACGAAAAUGGAAAGAUUGUUGAUGCCAAAUUCAAGACCUUUGGUUGUGGUGCUGCUAUUGCAUCAAGCUCCCUUGCUACUGAAUGGGUGAAAGGAAAAAAUGUAAAUGAUGCUCUCGGGAUCAAAAAUUCAGAUAUUGCUAAGGAAUUAUGCUUACCUCCUGUGAAACUUCACUGCUCCAUGCUUGCUGAAGAUGCAAUAAAGGCUGCAUUGAAAGAUUACAAGAUAAAGCAAGAUGCUAAAGACACCUAAAGUUCCUCUUUUUUUUCUUCAAUUAUUGAUACUGCGUCUUGUAUAUUUGUAGGAAAUAUUGUAAUAUAGUUCAUUACAUGUUGAAUAAAUAUAUAUAUGUGCUUUAA